GUGCGGUUAUGCGGGGAAAGAAGUCCGGUCUCGAGACACAGUUGCGCAGGGAGAACCCGCACCUGCUGGAUAUAUCUGGCGACACAGUCCAUAUGGUUUCUAACGGUGCAAAAGCCAUGAUGAGCCCUUUCAAGGCAGAGGUGGAAGAUUUCUGCUCGGAUGUGUUUUAUGACAUAGAGAAGUCUCCGAAACAGAAAGAAAUAUUUUCGGAAUUCCAGAGAUUACUCCAUCUUACACCGAAGAGCUUGAUCAGGCCCAUCAGUAACAGGUUCCUGCAGAUGUUGGAGGUGUGCAAUAGGGUGAGAGAACUCCUGGAUGUCCUGAUUGUGCACUACUACAACCUACUGGAUCCGGGCGAAGAGCAUAAAUACAGGUGUCCUUCCAACAUUUCAGGCAUUUCUGAAAAAACUGCAACAUGAGAAACCAAUGGUGCACUUGUUGCAUGUUGAAAUGUUGGCACUGGUAAGAGAGCUGCUAAGCAAAUUCAUGAAGCCAGGAGCUAUCCCCCUGAGUGUCAAAGAGAUCCUCAAGAUCAAUGUACGGGAUGCAGCGUUACAGCUGCCUAACAAAUCCCUGUGUGUUGGAAAAUAUGGAUACUCUGCCAUGACCAAGGCCCGUGUGGCGAAGACACUGUGGGUUGGAAACUUGUACAACUCCCUCAGAGAGGGCUACAUGAAGGCAGCAGAGUUUCUACUCAAAAACCUUCCCCUCGACAACCACAUGGUCACCUCACUCUCGGCUCUGACCCCAUCCCUCAUACAGUGUGACUCCUUAGGUUCAGCAUUCAUGGCAUUAGGGAAGGCCUUGCCUAAUGUGGUUCCACCUGAAGCACUCGGCCCACUGCGGGAGGAGGUUCGUGCAUACCAAAUAGAUGCUGACCUGGUACCUCUGGCCAAUACCUAUGUUGAAGAAAACAGCCGAGUGGAUGUGGACUGGUGGAGUCAGGUGGCACUUCUAAGAAAUUCAGAAAGAGGUGUGAGAUACCCAACCCUGAUCAAACUUGUGAAAGCCCUUCUUUCAAUUUUCACAGGCCCGCUGGUGGAGGGGUCUUUCAACAUAAUGGAUGACAUACUGGAGGCAGACAGGUGCAGGAUGAAUGUGGAAACGUAUGAGAGCCUCGCCAUAAUUAAGUCAACAAUGAAAGCCAGGAAGUGGACGGCCUCAACAAUGUUAAUUGACCAGCCUUUAAGGAAUUCUUGCCUUUCCUCCUAUAAAACAUACCAACUCCACCUAGAGAAAAAGAAGGCAAGAGAACAGGGAAUGAGGGAGAAAAGGAUGAGUGAGGCCAUGAGGGUGAGGUCUACAGCGGUGGCAAACAGAAUAGUGACCCAGGCGAAGAAAUCAAAAGGGCCAUCCUCUUCCUCCACUAGGCCAGCUGCCUCACCUAGACCAACCAGACCUUCACCAAAGACCAUCUCCUCUGCAAAAACAAGACCUUUUCGACCCACUGGGCCCUCCACCACCUCCUCUGGGGCAGCUAAAAAGCCAUCCAGCUCCUCCUCUGGGCCCUCUGCCUCCUCGUCUGGGGCAACUAAUAAGCCUUCCGCCUCCUCAUCUGGGCCCUCUGCCUCCUCAUCUGGGCCCUCUGCCUCCUCAUCUGGGCCCUCUGCCUUCUCAUCUGGGCCCUCUGCUUCCUCAUCUGGGCCCUCUGCCUCCUCCUCUGGGCCAUCCACUGCAUCCUCUGGGCAACCAAAGUUAUUUUCUCUGUUUCAUGGUCCAGCCAAGAAAUCCUCUUCAAUAGCCUCAACUACCUCUGGAAAAAGGAAGAGUUCGGAUGACUCAGAACCCGGAAAAAAGAGGAAAAAAUAGAGCACUUUGUUUCAUUUUUUGAAUCUAGUUUUGAUAACUUAAACCCCACUAAAAAGUACUUUGGAGAUACAAAUGCACUUUGUUUAUUUCUUUCUAUUUGAUUUAAGUUAUCAUUUCAUGUAGGAGUUAAUGUUUUUGAUUACUUGUUUUGAUAUUACUUGAUAUAACUUUCUAUUGGUUUUAUUAACA